CAAACAGCCGGCAGUUACAGGUGUAAAUUUUGGGCUCUUUUCACGACGAUUUCCAGUGAGCGAUCUAGGACGAAGAAAAAAUGUCUCAAUUGCCCGUAUUUAAUCCGCCAACACCUUUCCUGGCCCACAUGCCUGCGGGUCUGGGAAUUUAUAGGAAAAUCACCAUCCGUGGUAAAAUGACUCAAGAUCAGUUCAAUAUUAAUCUCCAAAACGGACCUAACACGAAUCCACGCGACGACACCGCCCUUCAUAUCAGCAUUCGGCCAAAGGAUGGUGUCAUCAUUCGCAACUCGGUACAGUUUCGCAACUGGGGUAUCGAGGAGCGGUUCGGCGGCUGCCCGAUCAAGAAGAAAACCUACUUCGACGUUACGAUCACGGUCAAGCCGGAGAGCUUCGGAAUCGCCGUAAACGGUGCGCACUACUGCGACUUUAACCACCGAAUGCCGUACGCGUCCAUCCGGUUCCUGCAUGUCGGUGAAGGUGCCAACCUUGAUGCCAUUACGACGGAAUGAGGACCUCCGCUGACUCUGAGAUUUUCCAAGCGUCAUUUCUUGUCACAUAGUACUAAGCGCAUGUCGAAAAUAAACUCUUUUAAUCAUUAGCGGUCCAAAGAAUACUUAACCAAA